AUGAGCAGAAGGCUGUUCUCGACGUUGAGUAGACUGCAGCAUGAAAAUCCAUUGGGGCUUCCCCGCUCUGGGGCGCCGCCUCAAAUCCCACGAAUGCAGCGGGGACUUCCGCAGAAGCGGAAUAUAAAGGAUGUGCGUAAGGUGAUUGCAGUGUCUUCCGCGAAAGGUGGUGUUGGGAAAUCUACUAUAGCUGUAAACCUUGCACUUUCAUUCGCCCGCCGAGGCCUUCGGAGCGGCAUUCUGGACACAGACAUUUUUGGACCUUCUAUUCCAACGCUCCUAAACUUAUCGGGCGAACCGCGCCUUUCUUCAAAUAACCAGCUUAUCCCAUUAUCUAAUUAUGGAAUUAAAUCCAUGUCAAUGGGUUAUCUAGUUGAUGAAAAGGCAGCGGUAGUAUGGAGAGGCCUGAUGGUCAUGAAAGCUCUUCAACAGCUGUUACAUGAGGUUGAAUGGGGUGGACUGGAUAUAUUAGUCCUUGACCUGCCUCCGGGCACGGGAGAUACCCAAUUGACCAUUACCCAACAGGUGAAUCUUGAUGGCGCUGUCAUCGUGUCAACUCCACAAGACAUUGCCCUCAAAGAUGCGGUUAAGGGUAUUACUAUGUUCAAUAAAGUCAAUGUACCGCUUCUGGGUAUGGUACAGAAUAUGUCAAUCUUUACCUGCCCACAUUGUAACAAAAGCACCCACAUUUUUGGCUCAGAGGGUGUGACUCGAGAAUGCGCAAAUCACAACAUCGAAUUCCUUGGUGAUAUCCCUCUCCACCCCCGAAUUUGCGACGACGCAGACAGGGGUAUUCCAACUGUAGUCGCUGAGCCCGGAAGCGAAAGAGCGGAAACCUUCAUGGCCAUUGCCGAUAAAAUACGCGUUAAGCUGGGGCUUUGA